AUGUCCCGGUCUCCCAGCCCAGCAGCCCACUGGGACAGCCUCGAGACAUGGCUGAAUGCCAUGACAGCCACCGUCCUGCCCAGGGAUACCGGCGACUCCGAGCCCCGGGAUCAGGCGCAGCUGGACACUGACCUGGACUCGCUGAUGAGGCAUGACCCAACCCAGAGCUACAACCACAAAGAAUGGGCCCGAAUCAUGGGAAACCUGGCCCAUACGCUCGUCGCACAAGCCCGCCUCCACGAAAGACACGCCAUCAACCUGGAACAGGAGACGGCAACUCUGCGGCUCCAAGCGGAGGAGGCCCGGCGCGACCAAGCAAAGACCCAAAGUCGGCUAGACCAGCUACUACUCGAGAACGAGGAGCAGGACGAGGAGGAAACGGACUCAGAGCCACGAAAGGAAGUAGAGGAACUUCAAACUGCUCUGGAAAACCUUCGUCUAGACACCGACCAAAAGGAACUAAAAGAAAGAAAAGCCAGAGAGACACUCACCGAAAAACUGCAACAAGGUGAAGCUCUCCUUGAGAGAGCAAACAAUGAACUAAAAGAAAGAGACGCCAAAGCCAAAGCCUGUGAGAAACACUUGAAGGCGGCCAGAGCUGAAAUAAAUGAACUUAUCCAGCAAAAAGAACUUUAUAAAGAUGAGCUCGACGCUGUCCACCGUGAGUUAAAACACUCCUAUAAACUUCAAAGUGACCCGGAAAGAGGGACACACACUACCAAGUUUUCCCCGACCGGUCAGUCUGCACACUUCAGCCAAGAACACAGAACUGUGAAGGGAAGCGAACGGCCCCCGUCCCAGAUAUCGACGGACAGUCUACAAGAGCCCUCGCCCUCAGGAAAAGGAGGGGCGCCCCAGACAGCCCUGGCCACUUAUCACGGCAUGGCCUUUAAGGAACUUGAUAAGUUGGCCCGGAAUAUUCCUACCUUCACCCCAAACCCUGCCGGAGGCCAUGAUGUGCAUGCCUACUUGAAAGACAUUGACUUCCACUUAUACACUGUUCCCCACGUCACCCCGUGGGACAGAUUAUAUCUGCUUCGAAUUACGUCUAGUCGGGACGUACGCAGUUUUCUGGAUCGCCAACCAGAUUCAGUUAAGGCGGACUAUCAGCAACUGCGACAGGCAUUCAUCAGGGAAUUCUCUGAUCCAGACACUGAUCAAGGACUCAUCACCGCGAUGAGCCUCAAGCAGGCACGUUUAGAAACUCCGCAGGCCUUUUACACUCGCAUCAGACAGGCCUACUUUGGGUCAAGGAACGAUCCCGGGAUGGAAGAGGACUUUAACUUCCGAACUUUGUUUCUCCGAAACCUGCAUCCCACAGUGAGCCAUCACUUAGGAGUCCUGGCCUGCCCUCGCACAAUGAGUACCCAGCAACUGCGAGAUUUAGCCCACAAAGCGUUUAUCAAGCAGAAAAUUGCUUCUGAAAAGACUGUCAAAACUCCCUCUAUCUGCCCUAUCACUAAUCAGCACUCAGAGCUGGCACUAGAGGGCACCCAACAACACCACACUAACAGACUUUCUAAUAACGAGUCAAGACCGUUUCAAGCCAGCAGAGGGCAACGCAACCGUGAGGGUGCUCGUCCUAAGCACCAGAGCGGGCGCUCUGAAAGAUCAUACGGCACCCCACGGCCCCCCCACAAUCAAAAGGGGGGGGCCACGUGGGAAACCAGCCGACGGCCCAGACAGAGCCGAACUCCAGCGACAAGAACGCCUAGUCCAGACAGCCCACACCAAACUCCCUCUCGGCAGGCCUCACGCAGGUCCAAGUCCAAAUCCGAGCCUGCUGCAAAAGAAACAAGUGAGUCCACGUCAGAGACCGCAGAGAUCCUGAAGAUUCUACAAGGGCUUCUUCACAAGAAAACCGACAAAGGGGACAAGCCAGACUCCUCGUGA